AUGGUAACACUGCCCUCUUCUCCUUUUUGUCCUUACUCAGGUCCCGAGUGGUACUUGGUCAGAGUGGAGUUGACUGUGACUGAUGUAAAUGACAAUGUCCCAGAGUGGAGCAUGGUUCCUUCUCCCUACCUCGCUGUGGUUUCCCCUGAUACCCCUGCAGGCUCGCUGGUGUACAAGCUCCUCGCUCAUGAUGGGGAUGAGGGCAACAAUGGUGAAGUGGAGUACUUCCUGUCUGACGGUGGUGAUGGUCGUUUUGAGGUUGAUAGGAAGAGCGGCCAGGUGCGAACCACAGGUCUCCCCCUGCAGCGUGACAGGGAGUACCUGCUGACAGUGGUGGCAGCCGAUCGGCUGGGCAGCCGCAGCGCCCCCGCCGUCGUGUCUGUGGUGGCUGGAGCCCGGCCGCCACAGUUCACCAACGCUUCCUUCACCAUCGCCAUACCGGAAAACACCCCUGAAGGACAGCCCUUCCUGGUCACACCUGCUGUGUCCUUCCAGAAGAAACCAAUCAGCUACAGCCUCCUCAUCAAUCCCAGCAGUCUCUUCUCUAUCUCCGCGGAGACUGGUGAAAUCAGCCUGACCCGCCCUAUUGACUACGAGAGCGACCAGCAUCGCUACUUGCUGUUGGUGCGAGCCAGCGAGGGCCUGGAAAGCAUGAGCAGUGCAGCAGAGGUGCGAGUUGUUAUUGUCGAUGAAAACGACUGCGUUCCAGAGUUCCUGCAGUCCAUUUACAGCAAGGAUGGUGUACCAGAAACCGUGACAACAGCUACCUCCCUGCUGCAAGUGUCAGCCAGUGACUGUGACUCUGAAGAGAAUGCAGAGUUGACCUAUUACACCCUGAGUCCAGACUUCACCAUUUCUUCCCACGGGACCAUCUUUCCUGCUGGCCCUCUGGACUACGAGAGGCCCAAUCAUCUGUAUGAGUUUGUAGUGAUGGCCAUUGACAAGGGGGAGGUCCCUCGCACCGGCACAACUACGGUACGGAUUCGGAUGGCUAACGUCAAUGAUGAGGCACCAGAGUUCUCCCAACACAUAUAUCGGACGUUUGUCUCAGAGGAUGCGGGCCCCAAUACACUCGUUGCCACGGUGCUGGCGAAGGAUCCAGAUGGGGACGGGAUUACGUAUAAAAUCACCACAGGAAAUGAGGAGGGCAACUUCGUCAUUGACAGCCAAAAAGGUCUGAUCCGUCUGCGUUCCAGCCCACCCCCUCGCCUGCAGGGUGUUGAAUAUAUCCUCAACGUUACAGCAACGGAUGACAACGCCUCAGGCGGACCUCAGGCCUUGUCAUCCACGGCUCAGGUCAUAGUGGGAGUGGACGAUGUGAAUAACAACAAGCCUGUCUUCGAGAAGUGUCAACAGUACCGAGAGAGCACGUCAGUCCUGGAGAACCAGCCAGCAGGGACUUUCGUUCUGCAGGUUCAUGCUGUGGAUGCUGACGAGGGCUCCAAUGGCAGGGUCACAUAUGGCUUCAUGCACAAAGACUCCACUGUGCCAGCAUUCAGCAUACACCCUGACACUGGAGUAAUUGUGACAGCCAGGAAAUUUGACCGUGAACGCCAACGGGAGUAUGCAGUGACAGUGACUGCCACCGACCAGGCAGCUGACCCACUGAUAGGCAUUUGUCAGCUCAACAUCCUCAUUUUGGACCAGAACGACAACAGUCCCAAGUUUGAGAACAUCCGAUAUGAGUACUUCCUUCGUGAGGAUACCAUGCUUGGCACUAGUUUCCUGCGGGUGGCAGCUCAUGACGAUGACUUUGGCACCAAUGCAGCCAUCACAUACUCUAUGUCCAGUGAUCAGCCGGAGUACCUUAGGGUCAACCCCCUGACAGGCUGGGUGUACGUCAACCAGCCCAUCUCUCAGAGGACUUACAUCACCAGGGAAAUUGUUGCUACGGACGGUGGGAACCGGAGCAGUUCAGUAGAGCUGGCCGUCACCAUUACCAAUGUGAAGAACCAGCCUCCACAGUGGGACAAGGACAGCUACAGCGUGGUCAUACCAGAAAACACCGUCCGAGACACACCCAUCGUGACCAUCAAAGCCACCUCCCCGCUGGGGGAUCCCAGGGUAACAUACAAUUUGGAGGACGGCAUGGUCCCAGAGACCAACAUGCCGGUUCGCUUCUACCUUACCCCCAACAGAGAAGACGGCUCAGCCUCCAUCCUGGUAGCGGAGCCCCUGGACUAUGAGACCACCAGGAACUUUAUGUUGCGGGUCCGAGCCCAGAAUGUCGCUGCUGUCCCAUUGGCAGCCUUUACCACGGUGUACAUCAAUGUCACAGAUGUAAAUGACAACGUCCCAUUUUUCACUUCCUCCAUUUAUGAGGCCUCGGUCACUGAGGGGGCAGAAUCAGGAGCUUUGGUUUUCCAGGUUUCAGCCAAUGACCUAGACUUGGGUCUCAACGGCAAGAUCUCCUACUCCCUGCUGGAGGAUCGCAGCGGAGACCACCAGUAUUUUCGUAUUGAUCCAGAGUUGGGAUUCAUCUACACACAGACUGUGUUUGACCGGGAGACCAAAAGCUCAUACCUGUUGGAGGUUCAGUCUGUGGAUGGCUGGGAAUCAGCACGGCCAGGCAAACACGGACAGCCCAACUCUGACACGGCGUAUGUUCGUGUUUUUAUCAGUGACGUGAAUGAUAACAAGCCAGCGUUUGCACAGGGAUCCUAUGAAGUCGAUGUGGAUGAAGAUGCUGACGUAGGCUUUGCCAUCCUCACUGUUAGUGCCAAUGAUGGGGACGAAGGUGGGAACGCUAAGCUGCGCUACCAGAUCACAUCAGGGAACACGGGAGGGGUGUUUGAUGUGGAACCGGAGGUGGGCACUAUCUUUAUCGCCCAGCCUCUGGACUAUGAGCAGAACAAAAGGUACAAGCUUCAUGUCCUUGCUUCAGAUGGGAAGUGGGAGGAUUACUCAACAGUGACAGUAAACGUGGUCAACAAGAAUGACGAGGCUCCAGUGUUUACCGUUAACGAGUACUACGGCAGCGUAACAGAGGAGCUAGAUGGCUCGCCUGUGUUUGUGUUACAGGUAACAGCAUCUGACCCAGAUAAGGAUGCGGAUCAGGAGGCCCUGCGUUACUCUCUCCAUGGCCAGGGUGCAGAGAGUGAAUUUGUAAUUGAUGAGGUCACAGGCAAGAUCUAUGCCCAGCGGACCCUGGAUCGUGAGGAGCGUGCCGUGUGGCGUUUCGUCGUCCUGGCCACAGACGAGGGCGGUGAAGGUCUGACGGGCUUCACAGACGUCAUCAUCAAUGUAUGGGACAUCAAUGACAAUGCACCCAUAUUUACCUGUGCCCCCAGUUGUCAUGGAGACGUGGCAGAAAACUCAGUAGUGGGGACAUCUGUGAUGGAGAUGACAGCCACUGACCUGGAUGACUCAGCUGUGGGGCAGAACGCUGUGCUCUCAUACAGGAUUGUGGGUAGUGUGGAUGCUACCAAAAUCGACAUGGGAGGAGUGCCCAUCUUCUCAGAAAUGUUCACUAUCAACCCCACCACAGGGACCAUCACUGUAGCCAUGAGUGCACUGGACCGAGAGCAGGUUGAAUCCUACCUCCUGGUCGUGGAGGCCAGAGAUGGUGGAGGGAUGACAGGAACUGGAACUGCGACCAUUCAAAUCAAGGAUGUGAAUGACCAUGCUCCAAGAUUCACUGAUCACCCAUGUAUGGCAAGGAUCUCUGAAAAUGCAGAGCCCAAUGCAGAGGUCCUGGAGCUCGCUGCAGAGGACAGAGACACUGGAGAAAAUGCCCAGCUGACCUUUAGUGUUGUGGCUGGAGACCAAGAACAGAAGUUCUACAUGGUCAGUCACAAGCAGGAGCAGCGAGGCACACUGAGGCUUAAGAAACGUUUGGACUAUGAACGACACAGCGAGCAGAGGUUCAACCUUACACUGAAGGUUGAAGACUUGGACUUCUCCAGCCUCCUGCACUGUAUGGUGGAGGUGGAGGAUUAUAAUGACCAUGCUCCCGUCUUCAUUCCACACUUUCUAUCCCUUGCCCCGCUGCCUGAGGACAUCACCGUGGGAACCAGUGUGGCACAUUUGGUGGCCAGUGACUCUGAUUCAGGCCAGAACCGUGACAUCACGUAUAGCUUGUUAGAGGAUUCAGAUCCUGAGGGUCUGUUUACCAUCGACCAGUCUGGCGUACUCUCUGUGGCCCAGCCUCUGGAUCGGGAAAGGAUACCCCAGCAUCACCUGGUGGUCAUAGCAACCGAUCAUGGGGUCCCACCUCUGACAGGGAGUGCCACAGUCCAGCUGCCUCUCUUGGACGUGAAUGACAAUGGACCAGAGUUUGAAGCUGCAUACUCCCCAAUCGUCUUUGAGAAUGUGGCUGGACCACAGGUAGUAAGGUUGAACCAAACAUCAACCCUCCUCCGGGCUGUGGACCAGGACUCCCCAGAAAAUGGACCACCUUUCCAUUUCACCGUCUCCUCUGAAUAUCGCCAUAGCAAUGAUUUCUACCUCCAAGACAACCUAAAUGGCACAGCAACACUGACAGCUUUGAGGACAUUUGACCGCGAACGCCAAAAAGAGUUUCUUAUUCCCAUUAUAAUGAGUGACAGUGGCCGACCAGCUAAAACUGUGACAAGCACCUUGACAGUAACCAUUGGUGACCAAAAUGACCAUGCACAUGUAGCGGGGGAGAAGAAGAUUUUCAUCAACAGUCACCGAGGACGUAUGCCAACCACAGUGCUUGGAAAGGUCUACUCUCCUGACCCUGAUGACUGGGACAACAAGACAUAUGUCUUUGAAGGUCAUGUGCCAAGUUACUUCAUCCUGAACAAGAGAACGGGCUUCCUAAUCAUCAAGGAGAACGCUCCACCCGGCACCUACCAGUUCCAGGUCCGUGUCUCCGAUGGAGUCUGGCCAGAUGCAGUCUCCACCGUCACUGUGCACGUCAGAGAGCUGCGAGAUGAGGCUAUCUAUAACUCGGGGUCGCUCCGUCUGGCAGACAUCACAGCAAAAGAGUUCAUUGAACUGAGAGGGAAGCAGCGGAGCCGCUACGAACUGCUGGUGGACUUCCUGUCUGAGAUGCUUUCCGUUCCACCUGAUGAUGUCAACAUCUUUAGCCUAAUGGAUGUGAGGGAGCGAAUGCUGGAUGUUCGCUUUGCUGUGCAUGAUGGCCCCUCCUUCCUCCAGCCCGAGAAAAUGCAUGGAUAUCUAGCUGCUCACAAACAAAAGCUCCAGUCAUUCCUGCAGAUCAGCGUGUCCCAGGUCCGGGUGGACGAGUGUCCCAGUUCAGAGUGUGUUGGAGCUGGUGGCUGCACCAACGUUCUGAAUGUGCGGGACACACCCACUGUGGUAGACUGUGGGACUAUGAGUCUUGUGUCCGUGACAGUGGAGUCCACAACUGUGUGCUCCUGCCCGGGCAGAGAGCAGUCCCAUCAGCCCUGCGCCGCAUAUCCCAGAAACCCCUGCUUCAAUGGUGGCAUAUGUGUGGAUACUCAGCAUGGCUACAGGUGCCAAUGCCCAGCUCAGUUCGAGGGGCCUGAGUGCCAGCAGAACAAGCACAGUUUCCACGGCAACGGCUAUGCUUGGUUUCCUCCCAUGAUGCCCUGUUUUGAGAGUCAUGUGUCACUGGAGUUCAUCACAGACGUGACUGAUGGAUUACUGCUGUACAGCGGCCCCUUAGCCCAACUGCAGGCCUGGGACCACGAGGACUUCAUGGCCAUAGAGCUAAUAGAUGGGACCCCCACCUUGAAAAUCAACCAUGGCUCUGGCACAGCGGUGCUACAGUUGCCUGGCAACGUGAACGUGGCAGACAGGCGGUGGCAUCGCCUGGAUGUCCGCAGCAACAGCAAGGAAGUGCGUUUCACCCUGGAUCGCUGUGCAGGGGCAGCAGUGAUGGAAAUGGAAGGACUGGGCAGCUGGCUGACCACCGAGGACCACUCCUCCUGUGAAGUGACCGGCAUCACACCCAACACUGACAGACACCUGAACAUGAGCCAGGUGCUCCAGCUUGGCGGCGUGAACGAGGACAUCCCCUACAUCUACCCUCAGCUCCAGCACAAACACUUCACCGGCUGCAUCCGUAAUCUUAUCGUGGACAGCAAGCUGUAUGAUUUGGGCUCCCCGGCCGACUCCCAGUCCAGCUCUCCAGGCUGCCUGACCACUGAUAGCAGCUGUGUCAACAUGGGCUAUCCGUCCUGUGGCCACCGGGGUCGCUGUCACGGUGAGUGGGGCUCCUUCAGCUGCCAGUGUGUGCCAGGAUACGCAGGACACCAGUGUGAAGAGGAGGUCCCAGAGUAUUCCUUUGAUGGGCACAGUCACUUGCACUACCAGCUGACAUCCCCACUGCCGGCCCGGAGGACAUGGGUUCAAGUUCUUGUUCGAACCCGCAAACACAGCAGCAGCAUCCUCAGUCUGAUCUCGAAGGAGCAGAGUGAAUACCUGCGACUGGAGAUCUUUCAGGGCCUCCUCUGUGUUUUCUACAAUCUCGGUGAUGGGGACUACAACCUAACCAUACCCACCUAUCGCCUUGACAACGGUGAAUGGCAUGAGAUUUUCCUAGAUCGGCAUGAUAAUGAGAUGACACUGCGACUGGAUGGCGGCGGAGGACAGCGGGAGGUGACGGGAUCACAGGGCCGGAGCCGAGAAAUUAUCAUUGAUCCCACUGUGGUGAUGCUUGGAAAUACCUUCCCAUCUGGCAUCAACAAGAGCUUUCAGGGCUGCAUUAGGGACUUACGCCUCAACGGUCGCUACAUGCCACUGGACAGUCAGCCACGUGAUGGGGUUUCCCAGGUCAGCAUGCAGGGCCUCUCCCAGGGGUGCUCAUCUGACUCCUGCAAAAGGAACCAAUGUAGUCCCCCUUUCACCUGUGUUGACCUGUGGAGAGUGCACGAAUGCAGAUGUCCACCUGGCCACAUGAUCCGUGUGAACGGGACCAAGAAGUCCUGUGUGUACACGCUGUGUGCCACGCGGCCUUGUCACCGAGGAACCUGCGUGGCCCAGUCACCCUCCAAAUUCACCUGCCACUGCCCAGAGGGUUACAGGGGACACCACUGUGAGACGACUCUGGCCAUCUACAGGGAGGACGUGGGCCUGAGCUUCAGCUCCCUCUUCGCUAUCUGUAUCUGCUUCAUGGCCUUACUAGUUCUGCUACUGGGCAUUUUCCUCUACACUCGCUGGAGAAGCUACAAAGGACUGAAGGAGGGUGUUUACCACGUGUCGGCCCACCAUGACGGCUGGGAGGACAUCCGAGAGAACGUCCUCAACUACGACGAGGAGGGAGGCGGGGAGGAGGACCAGAAUGCCUACGACAUGGCAGAGCUGCAGAAGUCUCUCCAGCCGAGCCCGGCCCAGUCGGUCCAGUACUGCCGCUCCAGAGCCCUGCACCACCCUCCGCCUCCCCACCACCACCACCACCAUCACCUCCUCCACCAGGCGCCCCCUGUCCCGCCCUCCACCCAGCCGCUGGACUCCCUCAGCCGGACGGCCAGCUCCACCACCCUGCCCCCGUCAGCGGCCUCCACCUCCUCCACCGCCACCACCACCACCAGCCUCCGCAGGGACGUCCCCCCCACCAGACUCCCCGCCCAGGGCCAGGCCCGGCCCUCACAGCUGGCGCGCCGCUCCCUGUCCUUCUCCAGCCAGGAUCUCGCCCGCUACCUGUGCGAGAUCAUCCGCGACGCCGACCAGCACCCAGACACGGGGCCUUUCGAUUCCCUGCAGGUCUUCUCCACUGAGGGAGGCGGCUCGCCUGCCGGCUCCCUCAGUUCCUUCAGCUCGGCGGGGCUAGAUGCAGGGAGCAGUGGGGAUGGGGGAGGGGAGAGCAGGAGGGAGGAGACACUCGGGGAGUGGGGGCCUCGCUUUGAGAAGCUGCGGGCGCUGUACGAGCGAGCCGAGGCCAGCGACCUCUGAACUAGAACGCACACAGACCAAACCCCCUCUGAUAGGACCCUGCUAUAGGGCCGCCCCGAAACAAUCAAUUGACAGACGCUUAGCAGCGACCGAGGCGGGAAACCAGCGAGACAGCAACUGAUAGAGAUAUUCGCCCUGUGCGCGUUCUCACCACACCCCUCACUCGCUGACAAUUGACACGGAAGGUGUUGUAUUUACUGGAUGAUGAACCUCGUCAAUCAACAUGGUGGCCUCACAGACAGAUGAAAGUGUCCCUGUGAAAAGAGCCUGUCGCUCUGCGCUCCCUCUACCUUGGAUGACAAUUUUGCAAGAGCAGACGUUAUCAAACCUGCCAGUCAGGUUAAAGGCUUCGGAACGUCACUCUCUACUCGGGCUACUCAUCAUGAUGGAGCUUAGCUUCGCUGUCUGAAAAAUCUGUUCCAGUCACAGCCGCUGAAACCUUGAAUUAGUUCUGUUUUCUAACAGUCAUUGUGAGCUGCUCUGGAUAAGUGUCAGCUGAAGGCCCUAAAAUGUGAAAUGAAAAUGUUUUGGCCAGGUUUUGUUUAGUUUUUUAUACCUGAGCAAAUCUAAGCCACAUAAAAUGUAUUUUUACCCCCUUCGCUGGUGAAUGAGUGUGUAAAUAUUCACAGGACUAACAUAUAUUCAUGAAAAGACUGUGAAGAUGAGUGGGAUCAUACUGAGUAGCCCAUAAAGUGCAGAGUGGAAUUUCAGUAUAUAGUGGACACAUUGUGGUCUCGCUGCCUGGCUGUACACAGCUUCUGUCAAUGUUUGUAUGAGAAAAAAAGUGCUUUGACCAUCA